GCCACGAAGAGGAGGCGGCGAGCGGCGGCUCGUGGGCAGGGAGCGCCGGAGCAUGCGGCGGUGAGAGCGCGCUGAGGAGCAGAGAGCUUGCUAGCUAUCCCAGCGAGACGGACAGGGAGGAUGCAGCAGCCGCAGCAUCACCACCACCACAAGCCCAAGCCCGCCCUCUCCGGGAGCCUGUCGUGGAUCCGGAGGUCCCCGCCGCCGUCGCCGCCGCACAAGAAGCCCUGGGGCGCCGGCGGCGGCAGGGGCCGCUACGCAUGCCGCCUCGUGCCGCUGCUGGUGCUCACGCUCUACAGCCUCUUCACCGUGCUCCGCAUCCCCAGCUCAAGCCUCGUCGUCAACACCGCCGAUUCAGAGCGCGUGGAGCGGCGCGACGAUGUGGAGGCGUUCAAGACCCACCUGCCGUCCAACCAGAACGGGCUCGAAGCCCGCCAGGAGACGCGCUCGCCGGCGUCGCUCCCCUGCUCAGCCUUCAUCAGCGGCGAAGCUGGCGGCGGAGGAGAGUCGUCGUCUGAAGAAGGCGUGCUGUGCUGCGACCGUAGCCACUACCGGAGCGACGUGUGCUACCUCCGGGGCGACGCGCGCACGGACCCGUCCACCUCCUCCAUCCUCCUCUACGACGCGCCCCGCGGCGCCGCGCCGGAGAAGGUGCGGCCCUACACGCGCAAGUUCGAGGACAGCAUCAUGCGCACCAUCGACGAGGUCACCAUCCUGCCCGUCGCCGACGACUCCGCCAACGGCACCUCCACCUCCACCAACAGCCGCGACAGCCUUCGGCGGCGGUGCGACGUGCGGCACCCGCCGGGCGUGGCGGCGGUGGUGUUCUCGACGGGCGGGUACACGGGCAACGUGUACCACGAGUUCAGCGACGGGCUCAUCCCGCUCUUCGUCACCUCGCAGCGCUUCCGCGGCGAGGUGGUCUUCGUGGUGCUCGAGUACCACUACUGGUGGCUCGGCCGCUACGGCGCCAUCCUCGAGCGCCUCACCAACUACAAGAUCGUCGACUUCCGAUACGACCGCCGCGUGCACUGCUUCGAGGAGAUGAUCGUCGGCCUACGCAUCCACGGGGAGCUCGUCGUCGACCCAAAGCUCAUGCCCAACGGAAAGGGCCUCCAGGACUUCCAGGCGCUGCUCCACCAGGGCUACAGCGGCGGGAAGCCUACGUCGUCAUCCUCGUCGGCGCCGGCGGCCCUCCCGCUCGGCCUGCCGUCGCGGCCGUGCGACCACGCCGCCGCCAAGGCCGCCAAGCCCAAGAUGCUCAUCUUCAUCCGGAAGCAGAACCGGGUGAUCCUGAACCUGCCGCACGUGGUCACGGCCUGCCGCCGCGCCGGCUUCGCGCCGCACGUCAUGAACCUGCGCCGCCAGACUCCCCUCCCCGUCAUCCACGCGGCGCUGGCGUCCGCGGACGCCAUGGUGGCCGUGCACGGCGCCGCGGUGACGCACUUCCUCUUCAUGCGCCCCGGCACCGUGCUGCUACAGAUCGUGCCCGUGGGGCUCGACUGGGCCGCCGAGUCCUUCUACGGCAAGCCCGCGCAGGAGCUCGGGCUCAAGUACAUGGAGUACAAGGUGGCGCCCGAGGAGAGCUCCCUGGCCGCCGAGUACGGGGUCAACAGCACCGUCGUGCGGGACCCGUCGGUGAUCAGCAGCCAGGGCUGGUGGGAGAUGAAGAAGGUCUACAUGGACCGCCAGAACGUCACCGUCGGCGUCAAGAGGUUCGGCGAGCUGCUCCGGACGGCCAGGCUGCACCUCAGGAACGCCACCGCCUGCGGCAAGGCGGCGGCGUUGAGGUAGGCGUAUCUGCAGGGGAUGCUUACGCCCCCGCUGGUUAAUUAGGUCUUCGUUACUCACAGCUGUCCAUUUCCCGGUGUUCUUUUUUUCUUUUCUUUUCGUUCUGGUUGGAGCUGGGGGAGGGAGGAGGAAGAGUAUAAUCGAGCCGUACAAAAGAGGAGAUCAUGUACAUAGAAUUGGAUUGGUUGGUUGGGAUUGCCCCCGUGCACAAAGAGUACAAUCCUUCAGUUCAUGCUGUUGUUAGUAGGAAGAAAAAGGAGUAAUAAUUUAUGCUAAGCCUCUCGUUCGUUUAGUUCAUAGAAGCAUAGUUUUGUUUUCACCCUUCUCUAUAUACCUUUCUUUUCAUUCUUUGGGUGCCCUGAUGUAAGAACAAACAUUCUGUAACAAGUGCAAUACUAGAAUCCAGGUUGAGAUGA